AUGGACUCUGGGUGGCAGCCCUACCAGGAUCCCCUGAUGGGUGACUCUGCGCAGUACGAUACUGGGUUGGCGUCGCAUCCUCAGCAACUAGGCUCGAAGUACGGUCAGCCACCGCAGUCACAGCCCCCGGUCGGGUUCCAAUAUGAGACCUUUCAAACUCCCGGCACCAACUCCAAGCCUUCCUCUGCCGGUCCCAACUCCAAGCCUGUCUCCAUGGCCUCGUCUCCGACCGCCACGCCACGUAACCGGGAUUAUGUCACCGAUGCGGAUGCCACUAUGGAGGACGCGGACCCAUACAACCGUGCCAAGUACCCCUCGAGGCCGAAUCAUCACAAUCGCGCCUCGUCUCAAUUCCUCUCGCAGACUGAAGAGUCGUCGGCCGCCCGCAGAUAUUCGCCCAUGAAUGUCUUGUCGCCGCCGAUGUCAUUCCCUACGAGCCCCGGGAAGUCCCAGCAAAGCUACGGCUUCCCGCCCUCGGCGCCAGGCCAAGCGCGACGGUCGCCGGCCAGGUCGGCCGACUAUGCAUCGCCUCCCCAGGGAUAUCAAUCGCCGCCAUCGAAUCGAGCCUCUAGACCACCCCCGCUUCAGGCGGGCGACCUCAGCCCCGACCAGUAUUAUCCCCCGUCCGCAUCCUCCCACAUAAGUUCAUCAUUCGGCCCCGGCACACGAUCCCCAAGAUCCGGCUCCCUGCCAUUACAGAUCCCUGGACGUGGUCCGGUUCCCAAAUUUCAGAAGAUCAAGUCGGUUCAGGAGCUGCAACCGCGGGUCCACACUCAACCUGCGUACCGACGUGCGAACCCAGAGGGUGGUUUUAUUAGCCCCCUCCAAGCCUUGACUACGCACCUUCCUUCGACCAAGGGCGUGAAGAACGAUGGUUAUGACAACGAAGACAGCGAUUACAUUUUAUACGUCAAUGAUAUUCUGGGUAGCGAGGAAGCUGGUCAUAAGAACCGUUACCUCAUUCUCGAUGUCCUGGGCCAAGGUACAUUCGGUCAAGUGGUGAAAUGCCAGAACCUGAAAACACAAGAGGUUGUGGCUGUCAAGGUCAUCAAGAACAAGACCGCAUACUUCAACCAGAGUAUGAUGGAGGUUUCGGUACUGGAUCUUCUCAACAGCAAGUACGAUAAGAACGAUGACCAUCACCUUCUGCGUUUGAAGGAUACAUUUAUCCACCGGCAGCAUCUGUGUCUUGCCUUUGAGCUUCUCAGUGUCAACCUGUACGAGCUGAUCAAACAGAAUCAAUUCCGCGGAUUGAGUACUACCCUCGUCCGUGUCUUCGCGCAGCAAUUGUUGAACGCUCUCAGCCUUCUCAACAAAGCGCACCUUAUCCACUGUGAUCUGAAACCGGAAAACAUUCUUUUGAAGAAUCUCGAGAGCCCUAUCAUCAAAGUCAUUGAUUUCGGUUCUGCAUGCGAUGAGCGGCAGACCGUCUACACAUAUAUUCAAUCGCGCUUUUACCGAUCACCAGAAGUGCUACUUGGUUUGCCGUACUCAUCCGCAAUUGACAUGUGGUCUCUUGGCUGCAUCGUCGUCGAGCUCUUCCUUGGCCUCCCUCUCUUCCCCGGCUCCUCUGAAUAUAACCAGGUCUGUCGGAUUGUUGAGAUGCUGGGACUACCUCCAACAUGGAUGCUUGAGAUGGGCAAGCAAUCAGGCGAGUUCUUUGAAAAGACAUCAGAUGAGUAUGGGCGGAAGACCUACCGUCUCAAGAGCUUGGAACAAUACUCGCGAGAGCAUAACACAAAGGAACAGCCAAGCAAGAAGUACUUUUCUGCCUCGACCCUAGAAGAGAUCAUUCGGAGCUACCCCAUGCCGAGAAAGAACAUGAAGCAGGCUGAGAUGGAACGAGAACUCAACAAUCGAGUCGCAUUUAUUGACUUUGUGCGUGGCCUACUGUCCAUCAACCCUCUUGAGCGAUGGUCUCCCCAGCAGGCGAAGCUUCAUCCUUUCAUCACUCAGCAAAAGUUCACUGGCCCAUUUGUGCCCCCAAUGAAUUUGAAGUAUUCGACCAUCAAUAAGACGGUCGCACCUGGCGUUCAGCAGCAGCAGCAGGCUGAGGCUGCUAGUAAGCAGCGCGCGGCGCAGGCGGCUCAUGCGCAGUCAACGUACAACAUGCAGAUGAACCAGUACCAUGCUCCGGCCCAUGCUCAGGCCCCACCAAUGUAUAACGGCAUGUACCAGCAAGGCGCACCACCACCGCCGCCUCCGUACCCCACACAACCGCCCGGGUAUGGCCACCAAAUGAAUAUGGUACCAGGCCAGAUUCCUCCUCAACCUCAGUAUGCCCCAUCGCAGAGCCUCUACGCUCAAGCAACAACACGGGCGGGCCGUCAGCGUGCCUCUACGAUGCAUGACGGAGGAGGCAUUCCGCCGACAAUCCAGCGAGUGGCUAGCCACCUUGACCCUAGCGCGCCCAUUCGCCUGCAGCCUAGUCCUGCUUACUACCCGCCCCCUGCUGACGGUUACGUCGAUGCGUCUGGCCAACAACGUCGCCGUGGUAGUCGAGCUGGCGGAAGCGGAAACGCAACAGGAAAUGGAAACCAGCGCAACCGAGACUUUAUCCGCACACUCGAGGACGGGGUCCUGAGCGAAGGGUACAUGAAUCAGAAUCAGUGGCACUAA